AUGUUCCAUUCAAACAAGCUCCUGACGUGUCCUCUGGGGCUUAACCCUGUCCUGAAUUCGCCACUGUUGAUGGAGAUGGGAGCAAGCCCCUGGUACCACGGCCUGAUAACGAGGUCCCAGGCAGAACAGAGGUUAGAAAAGUCUGGAGAUUUUCUGGUUAGGAACUCGCCUGCUGCUCCAGGUGAAAUUAUUUUGACUUUCAAGAUGAACUCUGACCUCAUCAAGCAUCUUGCUGUGCAGUCAUUUCUUAAGCACAAGUAUGAGUCAUUCUUGUCAGUGACGUCAUUGAUUGAACAUCACGUGGUCAACAAAAAACCAAUCAUAUCCAGCGACUCC